GCAGGGCAGCGCCGGGCCCGGGGAGGGGGAGGGGGCGUUGAGGACGCGGGGCCGAUGCUGCUCUUCUGUCCCACCUGUGGCAACGUCCUCAUCGUGGAGGAAGGGCAGAAGUGUUACCGGUUCGCCUGCAACACCUGCCCCUAUGUCCACAACAUCACCCGGAAAAUAACCAACAGAAAAUAUCCUAAGCUGAAAGAAGUUGAUGAUGUGUUAGGUGGUGCUGCAGCUUGGGAAAAUGUGGACUCUACAGCAGAAACCUGUCCCAAAUGUGAACAUCCUCGGGCAUAUUUUAUGCAAAUACAAACCCGAUCUGCUGAUGAACCCAUGACCACAUUUUACAAGUGUUGUAAACUAGUAUGCGGACAUCGGUGGAGAGAUUAAAACCCCAGCAUAGGAAAUUUAGGCCACAAAUUGAAAGAACACGUUCUGAAUUAUUGAUAUGAUGGAGAGAAAAACAUUUUUUUUGCAAUAGUUAAGCUACCAGCUAAUGUUUAUUCAAACUCAUUUAAAUUGCUGUUCAGUCCAUUUUAAUCCACGUAUUUAGUGUUUUAGAAUGUUUGUUGUUUUGUUUGACGCUUUAAUGUACAAUAAAUGUAUUUUCCUUGACUAAU